GCGUGGACUCUGCUUGGCAGUUCUGCUUCUUUUGUCCUGAUGAGCGCGGACGAGAGGAAUUCAUUGACAGAUAGGGAUCAGCCCUCCUGCGGGGAUUCCGAAUCUGACAGUCCCUCAGGCCCUAGUCUGGGGAGGAUGUGUCUGGGAGUGUGUGAAACAGGGCGGAGACAGAAUUUGUAUUGUUUAUAGGGAAAAAAUGUUUAUUUCUUUGUGGGAAUUCUUCUAUGGCCACUUCUUUCGAUUUUGGAUGAAAUGGCUGUUACGACAGAUGACUGGAAAGUGUGAAUUGCAGCGCAUUUUUGAUACCUAUGUAGGUGCACAAAGGACGCACAGAAUAGAAAAUUCCUUGACAUACUCCAAGAAUAAGGUUCUGCAGAAGGCAACACAUGCUGUUGAGAGUGAAGUGGACAAAUGUGUAGAAGAUAUAAUGAAGGAAAAGAAUAUUAACCCUGAGAAGGAUGUCAGUUUUAAAAUAUGCAUGAAGACGUGCUUACUUCAGAUCACUGGUUAUAAACAACUCUAUUUGGAUGUAGAAAGUGUGAGGAAAAGGCCAUAUGAUUCAGAUAAUGCGCAGCAUGAAAAGCUACUUCUCAAGCUUUGGAAUCUGCUGAUGCCCACGAAAAAGUUGAAGGCUAGAAUCUCCAAACAAUGGGCUGACAUUGGUUUCCAGGGUGAUGAUCCCAAAACAGACUUCAGAGGCAUGGGCAUCCUCGGAUUAAUCAAUCUUGUGUAUUUCAGUGAAAAUUACACCAGUGAAGCUCAUCAGAUUCUUUCCCGUUCAAAUCAUCCAAAAUUAGGGUAUUCUUAUGCAAUAGUUGGAAUCAACCUUACUGAGAUGGCUUAUAGCUUACUGAAGAGUGAAGCUUUGAAGUUUCAUCUCUAUAACUUUGUUCCUGGGAUACCCACAAUGGAGCACUUUCAUCAGUUUUAUUGCUAUCUUGUCUAUGAAUUUGACAAGUUUUGGUUUGAGGAAGAACCAGAAAGCAUUAUGUAUUUCAACCUGUAUAGAGAGAAGUUUCAUGAAAGGAUUAAAGGACUCUUAAUGGAUUGUAAUGUAGCACUUACUUUAAAAAUGUAAAUCAUCCAUAGUACCUUCUAUUUCUACCACAUUUUGCACACUAACAGAAUUUAUAUGUUGUAAUAGAAAUUAUCUGAUCAGCUACACUCUUAUAUAUAAUUUCCUACAAAAUACUUCAGAAAUUCUAUUUAAGAAAGCUAGUGGACAAUCAGUGUAUGUUUACAAUUGUUUAUACACUGUUCUCCAAAGGUACCUUAUCUUUCCAAAGAUCCCUUCUGUAGAAUCAUAUGAACUACAGUUUGGAGCUUGGGACCUAGCCCGUUGGUAUAAAAGUGUAAAUCAGGUAUUUAUAUUAAAUUGGUUGAUUAAAACAUGUACAAAUCAGUUUUUGUUUUUAUAUGUUGUGACUAUCAAGUUAGUAUUGUUUUUGAGGCUCUAAGAAUUUUUGUCUUUAAUUUGGAAAUGACUGUUUUAAUUUUUUUGUCUUAUUUUUAGUUCUGCAUUUAUUAACAGCAAGAGUAGUUCCUUAUGAUUUUCUUUGCAUCUCCAAAAUUUGUCCUAAUGUUGUUCCAUUAGUAGCAAUAAGAACAUAAAUAUGUCCGAGUAUGAAGAAUCAUGGCUUCCUUUUUGGUUUCUCUGAUUAUUGAGUACAACAGAGAAUAAGCAAUGACAGUAUUGGUGACUAGGUUUUUUUGUUUUUAAAUAACACUAUCUAAAAUAUCACAGUCUUAUUUUAAGGCUUAAAGCCAUUUUCUCAUCUUCAGUAUUUGCUUUUUAUCAAUUGUAGAAAAGAACCUUAGUGCUUGGGGGAGGGGCUUUUAUGAGUCUCCUCUACCUGUGUGUUUAUGAAAAGAGAUGAAUUUGCCCAAAAAAACUCAAUUGUAUUCAAAAGACAGUUUCAAUAAAGCUGUCUUUGAAACUUAAACAACUAAGUUUAAAGUUCUUAACAAUCUCAGUUAACGUCAUCAGUUUAUUUGACUUACUGUUAGCUCUUGCUUCUGUUUGCUCUGACUGCAUGGUGCUUUGAGAUGAUGAUGUGAACUUGGUUAAUAAUCUGUGCAACACUAAGUAACUUGAAGACAGUGACUGUGCAUUUUCUGUAGCUUUAUUCUCCUAAAAUCUCAGGAGGGCAGCAAAUGCUGCCAAGGUGAUACAGUGAUGAAAUUGUCCCAAGAGUGAUUUCUUCUUGGUGUGUUUUAGACAUUUAUGCUCAUAGCAAAACUAAGAGAGUUUAAGGCCAGGAAAGGUCAGCUGAUUACUGAAGUCCUCCUUAAAUCCUACAGCAACCAACCAGUUAAAGACAAAAAUUCAGUCUAAAGCAUGAUAUUUAGCACAUUCUUUUCAUGAGGUGUAUACUACGUGUUUCUUAAGGACUGGCUUGUAUGUGAUACAGCAGGACCUGAGACUUUUCAAGCAUUUGCUCGUGUUUGUUGACAAACCUCUCCCUUUAGAGUUGUCAAAGAGAAGAGUGGUACGAAAUAUCCAACUGGAAACUAACAGAUGCAGGGCAAAUUAUUGUUUUCGCAAUAAGAUAAAAUUAAAUAAAGAGUGUUUUAGCAUUUUUCAAUAUUACAGAAAUUUAAAAAUUGGUUUCUGGUAGGAGAUUUCUCAACCUUAGAAUUAUCUUCAUUUUAGUUUUUAAAAAUGUUUCAUGUUUUAUCAUCCAGCUAGGGUGUUAAUGCUGUAUAGCAAAAUCUUUGCAAGAAUCAAGUGUUAACCAUUAAUGUUCAUUAUAUUUAGGUGUUAACUAGUAUGUAGAAAGAAAUUCUGUUAGUGUUUUCACUUUUGUGCUAAAAUACUUAUGUUUGUAUUUUGGUCUUUCGACUGCUGGGAUCUUGAACUUUUGUCAGUAUACUUAGUAAAAAAAAUGCUUGAAGUAUGAAAAGGGAAAAUUUUAGAUAAUUUUUUCCCUUUCUAGGGAGAAAAUAAUUAACGAUAUUAAGAAAAUGUCAUUACAAAGUUUGUUCAAUGAUGUGUUCCUUAAAUCCACCUCUGUAGUUUGUAGAUGUUGUUGCUUUCACAUAAAAUAAUCAGUAACCAUUUCAGAUAGUUUUAUAGGAAAACUGAUGUAAAAACCACCAACAAAUGCUGGGGUUUCGUAGUUCAGAAGCCAAGUUAAAUGUCACCAACUGUAAACUAGAACGUUAACAGGAGCCUUCUGACUUACGUAUAAUGGUGACAUAUUAAAAGGAAAAUAUGUACUUAUGUCUGCUUUCUUAUUUUCCUUUACUUUGAACUAUGUGUAUGUUAGAAUUUUUUGUAGUCUUAAAAUCCAUAUUUAGAAGCUUGUUUCUAUAAUAAAAUGCCAAAGUAGUGUUAGAAUGUUAUGGCAUUGAAGUAGGAGGAAAAAUGUUAGUUUUAGGUUCAAAAAAGUGAAUCAACGUUGAAAUGAAUUUUGUGUGUGCCAGUGACAAGAGUAGUCUAAAAAUACAGCAGUUAGGGCUUAAAUAUGUUCUGAAAGACAAUCUUUAAAGAGAUGGGAGAAAUCGGGGUAUUGAUGAACUUGAACCAACUGGACUUUGUUCAUAAUUAUAUAUGGUAACAUAGUUUGAUACUAAAAUCAGUGUCUUACUGGCACCAUUGGCAGUUUAGAAAGCAGACCAUUUCCUUAAAAAUUCCCAUUUUGAUUUUUGUUCUAUUUUCAGAGCUACUUGGAUUUGUAUGUAUUUUUCUGUGUGGAAAUAUAUGUACUCUUCAUUCUAAUUCCAGUGUUCAUAAUUGUUCAUGCACUAUUUCUCCCCUUUGAGAACAGUCUGUGAAAUAGAACUUCAUUGAAGACCUGCCAGCAGGAAACACAUUUUAGGAGUGUGAAAAGUGGGUGCUCAUUGCUAGAACAGAGAAAAGUUACAGGGUCCUGUGGUACAACAGACAGGAGGUUUGGCUUGGUGGGCCAGGGUGUUUAUUGUCAUUCUUGAAAUAAUAAUGAGGGACCAGCUAUGUUCUCAAGACAGGUAUUCUACCCUGCUUCUCUGUGAACAAGUGUGGGGAGGUUAAAUUUCCACUGUUACAUUUAUGGGCCUCUCUGCACAAGAAAUGUUUUAAAUAAAGCUAAAUGAGAUUGUCAAAACCUGAGAGAAACCAUGAUGUAAGUUUCUUCUAAAAUAUCUUCUCUGUCUUCAGCUGUUGAUGAGAAAAAAUUUAAAUAUAAUACAGGUGAAAACUAAAUCUAAGUACUCUCUUAACUACUGUAGGAUGAUUCUGUGUUUCUGUUAAAGUAUUCAAAAACCUGGAGGCAGAAUUCCCUGAGGAAAAACUGUUGGAAACUUUAAAAAUAUGAUUUUUGUCUAUGGAGAAAGCAAUUGACUUCUUCAGUAAAAGCAAUAGCGUGAAAUGUAAUGUCAUUUUGUUUGGAAUGUUAGGUGAGCAAAUAAAAAACAUGUCGAAAUUUC